CGUUCACCACUAACAUAAUGGAAGCAGGAGUUUCUCUCUCUAGGGUCUGGUUCGCUGGGCACGUUUCCUCGGGCUACUAUUCACUCCCGUAACUAAACCCAUGCUUUCCUCUUGAAUUUGUUGGAUUUUUGGUGCGAUCCUUGGAGCUCUAGGAUCGUUUUGGGCAGGGCAACUCAUUUCUCAGCUCAAUUUGACGUUUUGGAAGCUGGAUUUGGCAAGAAUCGCAGGUCAACCCUCACGGGUCACUGUUCACCUGCGACAUUUGAAUGUUGAAUUCACCUCGGUUCAAGCUUGUUUGAAGGCAGAUUUUUGGGGGAUUAUUGGCGACAUGGGAUGUGCUCUCAACUCCUUAGAUUGGAUUUCCAUUCCAAUUCAAAGAGAUUGUGAUUUGAGCAAAAUUUGGGUUCUUCGUCACUUUUCACAGCGCUGAAUUGAACCCCAGCUUCAUGUGCCAACAUUGAGGUUGAGCAGCAGGCAACAGCCCAAAGCAAAAUCAUUACCAAUUGCAAUGUAACAAAGCUAAAGAGAAAAGAAUCAGCUAAGAUGGGAGACUACCUGAAUAAGUGCACAGCCGUUUGAACUUGAGGUAUAGUGUCACAGGUAUAUUUCCGAUCAGACAUAGGGGUGGUGGUGAUGAUCUCCACCGGCAACGAGGUAGCAGCGGCGAAAAGGGGGGGGGGAGUGGCCUCCAUCUUUUCCGGAGAAACAGUGGGGAGUCCAGCGAGCCUCCUCUACUCCGGCGAAAAUAGCAGCGAAGGUGUCUAGAAGGCAGGCCGGCGACGGUGUCUGGGCAGCGACUCCGGCAAAAUCUGCUAUAUCUGCAAUGUCUCUUUUCACUACCCAAUCGCCAACUGGAGUUGCCAUAACUUCAUCUGGGUCAAAGAAAGGAGAUCUAUUUGUGGCUGAUCUUAAUAUUAAGAGCAAGAAGAUUACAACAGAUAUCAAAGUUGAUAGCAACUCAAAUAUUAUCAUGGUCACAACAACAUCAAGAAUUGAAGGUCUGUAUUCCCCUGAUUCAAUGCUGGAUGUUAUUGAGGGGACAAAUAACUAAAUUAGGCAUGCUCGAUAGGCAAUUAGAAUGUGAUUUUAAUUAUGUAAAUAUUAAAUUAUUGGAUGCUAUUAAGAUUUUGGAUUGUAUGUAUUUAGAUAUUAAUCAAUAUAUUGUACAUUU